CGCACCAGCCCCCGCACCCGCGGCCGCCGCCUCGUCCGGGCUCCGCAGCUCCGCCGCCCGCGGGGACGCCAUGGAACCGCCGCCGGCCUGCGCGGCCGAAGUUUGCUAUAGCUCUGCGAACCUCUGGACACUUACUCCUGGGGGUGGUGCGGAUUUACAACAGGAAAGCAAAGUACCUCUUGGCAGACUGCAAUGAAGCUCUGACCAAAAUGAAGACAGCCUUUCGCCCAGGGCUUCUUGACCUUCCAGAAGAGAACUUUGAGGCUGCUUAUCAGUCCAUUACAUUACCUGAAGAAUUUCAUGAUUUUGAAGCACCACUACCAGAUGUAAAGGCCAUUGACGUUGCUGAACAUUUUACCUUGAAUCAGAGCAGAGCUGAAGAAAUCACACUUACUGAGGAUUAUGAAAGCAGUAUACUUCUCUGUGAGAGAAACUUUGAUGAAGAAGCAGAAGCACUGAGGAGACAGAGCUUCUUUGAGGGCAGUGUCCUGACGAGCAGUAACAGUCUGGUGGCCGAUCCCAACUCAGCCAGCACCAGCGGAGACAAAUCUGUGCUGCACGAAGAUGUUUACUGCUUCCAGGACGACCAUUUUGGGGAUGAGGAAGAUGCUGUAGAUAUGAUUGAAAUCUUGUUGAGAGAUGAGCAAAAUGUCCUAGAUAAAGACAUUCUUGAUGUGGAGGAAGCACGUCCUUUGUCACAAGAUCUGCCAGAGAACAGCACAGCCAUUGAGUCCAACUGUGGAGACACCACCGCAGAGGAUGGAAAUCACACAAAGAGUGAGACAAUCCUUUUGUUCCAGGAAGAAGGAUUUGUGCUUGAGCCAGUUGAUGAUACAGCUGUCACCCAGAGGAAGAAAAAACAAAGAAAGAGGAAGCUGCUGGUGGAUGUAGAGAAGGAGCUCAGCUGCCAAACCAUUUACAAGCAGCUCACCAACUGCACUGACCUCCUGGCCACGCUGGACCUCGCUCCCCCAACCAAGAAAACAAUGAUGUGGAAGGAGUGGGGAGGUGUGGAUAAACUCCUGUCCCAUUCUACACAGCCUAUGCUUCAUGCUCAGCUGCAAAAGUUGUUUGAAAAAUGCUUCAAGACUGACAGAUUUAAGAUGAGAGCAAAUGGAAUACAGAGGGUGUCUGAAAUGAAAGAAACGAGAAAAGAGCAAGAUACUACAGAGAUGCUGCCAGAAGAAGAGACAAGUUACCUGCAGAAGCCAGCUCAUUCCGAGACUGGGAGAAAAAUUAGAAAUGAUUCCUUUACAUUGACAUCACAGAAUGACAGAAAUGAAAGCAAUGACAACUGUGGUGAAAUUAUAGAGGAUGGAGCAGCUUUCUCCGAGAGCUCAAAAAAUUCCCUGAACCAGGAAGCUGAAGCACAGCAGGUGGAGGUGUCAGAGGAGCAAACAACGACUGGGAAAGACAAUGAAGAAAUAAGAUGGGGCAAAAGAACUCUUCGGCUACAAAGAGCUUUACAGCAACUGAAGAGAUCAGGCGUGUGUUCCUUCAGUUUCCGGGAGCUCUGCCGGAGAAACAACCGGAAAGAAGCUGCAGCCACAUUUUACAUCUUCCUGGUGCUGAAGAAGCACCAGGUCCUCGAGCUGCGGCAGCCCGAGCCCUUCGCUGACCUCACCGCCACUGCUGGGCCCAUGUUUGACAAGAUCACAUAAACUGAUCAAAAUACAGCUUAGGUUGCAUUUUCCAGCAAAUUGUUUUCCUGGAAAAAGAAUGGAAUGCCUUGUCAAGCUGUGGGAGAUGAGCAGAGCUCCCUGUCCUCUACACCACCCAGUCAUGGCUGGUGCAGGGGUCCUGCCCCAGGUGAUCACUACAGGGCUUAUUAUUAAUAUUUAUAGUUACAUGAUGAGUUAUAUUAUAGUUAUACAGUGUGUUAAUAAAAUACCAUUAAAAUAUAUGUUCUACAUAAGAGAUUUACAUUGUGAAGGAUUUUAUGAAAAUCCUCAAAAGAAUUUUAUAAAAAUCCUCAAAGGAAUUUUAUAAAAGUCCUUCAAAACCUUUCUCAGGGACUACUUUUGAAGCUUAAAUUAUUUUUUACAAGUCUUGUGUCUGUUAAUUUUCUAAUACCAUCAGUAAGUUAUCUGUUUAGUCUCUGUAGAAAAAAAAAAUUUAGACUAUUUAGAAUUGUUCCUGUCAAAGACUGCUCAGUAUUUCAUAUUUUAAGAUCUAGCAGGGUAGUGUCUCCAGUGUUGCUUUUGUGUGUUCAGGCAGACAGAGGUUACACUGGCCGUACAAGAGUCCAGAAGAUGCAGCAAGAAAUUCUAUUUCCUAGAAAUCCUGCAUUUUCAGAUUUCACAGAGCUUUUUAACUUAUUGACACCUUUAUUCAUGUGCAGAUGUAUUUAAAAAUUGAUGUUAACUGAAAUAUUAUUAGUUCUUUGCAUUUUUAUCUAAUUUAGGAUAAAUUUUAUCCCUUUUACUGUCAUUUUCUGAAGCUGUUGGU